AGGUCAAAAUGAUCUUGGACAAACUUCGCGCCAAGUUCCACAUUCGUAAAGAGUUGCUCCGCGCUGUGCUCGCUGAGUUCACCGGAACUUACUUGCUCUGUCUCAUCGGACUUUCUGUUGUCGCACAGAAGGUGUUGCCAAGACCAGAAGUCAACGAAUUCAUUGGAGUCAACGUCGGAUUCGGAAUCGCCAUCGUUUUCGGUGUUGCUGUCUCUGCCAAACUCUCCGGAGGACAUAUUAACCCUGCCGUCUCCUUUGCCUUCCUUUCCGUCGGACAAAUCACCAUCGUCCAAUUCAUUGCCUACUUCGUCGCCCAAUUCUUCGGAGCUUUCUUCGGAGCCGCCACCGUCUACGCCGUCUACAAUGACGCCAUCAAUGUGUUUGACGGAGGAGUUCGUACCGUUGGAGGACCAAAGGACACCGCCGGAAUCUUCGCCUCUUACCCAGCUCCACACCUCGGACUUGUCAACGGAUUUGUCGAUCAAUUCGUCGCCACCGCCGUUUUCGUCUUCCUGAUCGCUCACAUCGUCGACAAGCGCAACUCUUACCCAACAUGGCUUCAGCCAAUCCUUGUCGGAACCGGAUUCGUCGCCAUCGGAGCCGCCUUCGGAUACAACUGCGGAUACCCAGUCAACCCAGCUCGUGACUUUGCACCACGUCUCUUCACCUCCAUCUUCUACGGAGGAGCUGUCUUCACCAAGUGGUUCUGGGUUCCAAUUGUUGGACCAUUCGUCGGAGCUGUCGUCGGAAUCUGGCUUUACUACUUCUUGAUUGGAUUCCACACUCCACAAGACGCUGAGGAGAAGUACGUCGUACUCACCGGAAACCAGGAGCUCAAGCCACUCACCGCCAAGGAAUCUGCCUAAAUUGGAUUCUGAUACUCUAACUGUCGAUGAAGAAGCCGCCUAAACGAUUCGACCAAUAUUCAAUGCUACCAUCCUGCCUCCAAACUUUCUUUCUUCGCUAUCUCGUAUAAAUGAAAAACAUAAAAACAAUCGAAAAUCACAAAAAAUUGAUAAUUUUCUAGCUUUCGACCCCCGAAAUCCUUUCUCACCCUGAUCAAACCAAAAACCAAGAUUUUUUUGAAAAUAAGGAACUGCAAAAAGUUUCAAAUAAUGAUAAUCCAUUGAAUUUGUCUAAUCGGUUGCACCUUUUCUCUGUAAAACAAAUCAAAGUUCUGUAAGCUGUAAUAAUAAUAAAUAUAUAAAAUACUCUAAAACU